AUGGCACCUAUGGCAGCUCAAGCCCCUCUCAAGAAGGGAGAACGACGACCGAUCGCCUGGUCCAACAUCGCUGGUCAGUAGUCCUCGCGUGCCUCAGCUGGUGCUCGGCGGGGGAGGAGCGCGCCGGCGCGGAGCUGACUUGAAGCUGACCGGAUUCCCAACCCCCGCCCCGCGCCGUGGUUACGCUGCACAGUCGGUGGUGUGAUGAACAUGUUCGAGGUCAGUGCCGAGCUUGACAGGGGGGGGGGGGCGGGGGUCUUGUCCGGUCCAAGUUCAAAGUGCUGACAAUCUUGGUUUCUUUCGCCUCCUGUUCACUCGCUGUUCUUCGCUGUUUCUCCGGCGCGGCGCUGCCUGUCACGUACUCAACCACCCACCACGGUCCAACUCCGUCUCCGUCCCAAAAAUCCGCCGCGCCGCGCGCUCUCUUUGACACGUAUGACGGCCGCCGAUUGCUCCGUCUCUCGAUCGAAUCGUCUUCACCUCGUGCACCACAACCUCGCCACCGAAUGCCAUGUGGACGCAUCCGAAUUGAAUAGGUCACGACGUUGGGCCAACCGCUCGAAGUGGUCAAGACCCAAAUGGCCUCGGCGCGAACCGACACCAUGGGCCAGGCCCUCAGGAAGGUGUGGGGCCGAGGUGGUGUAUUGGGCUGUAAGUGCCACGUACAGUACCCAUGCUUUUUGCAACGCUCUUCCACUCACAUCCUCCGGUCCGUCCGUCGCAGUCUACCAAGGUCUGAUCCCCUGGGCAUGGAUUGAAGCCUCGACCAAAGGCGCCGUCUUGCUCUUCACCGCGGCCGAGAUCGAAGGCUUUGCCGUCAACUCGGGCAUCUCCCCCGGUGCGGCCGGACUGCUCGGUGGUAUGGGGGGUGGUGUUGCCCAAGCUUAUGCGACCAUGGGUUGAGUCCUGCUUGCACUCUCGCUCUCGUGCCUCUCGCGCGUUCUCAAGCUUCAGAGAAAGCAGCAAGCAGGUACUUCCCCGCACAGAAUGCUGACCUAGCCAACUGCUCAUAGGUUUCUGCACAUGCAUGAAGACGGCCGAGAUCACGAGGAGCAAGCUCGCCGCCGGUGGUGUCAAACCCCCUUCGACGUACGUCCUCUCAACCCCUCUUCUCCCUCAAUGUAAAGCUGACGUUCCGUCCUUGGAUUACCGCGUUGUACAGCUUCAAGCUCUUUGGUGACAUGUGGCGUGAGGGUGGUAUCCGCGGUAUCAACAAGGGUGUCAACGCUGUCGCGCUUCGUCAGAUGACCAACUGGGGAUCUCGGUCAGUUCACCUGAUUGGGGACGACUGCAUCUCAUUUCUGUCACGUCACGACGCAACUGACACUCUGAGCCCUUCCCUCGCCGUAUUCACCAAUCAGCAUGGGAUUCGCUCGUCUCGCCGAGCAAUCGAUCCGCAAGGCGCGUGGUGUGCCCGAGAGCGAACGAUUGGGAGCGAUGGACCGUAUCGCCGCGUCGACCAUUGGUGGUGCUUUGGGGUGCUGGAACCAACCGAUCGAAGUCGUUCGAGUCGAGGUGAGUCCACCCGCAUUCAGGGCCACCCCACCACAGGAGGGCUAACUAAUCCAAUUUUCCUACCCCCACCUCAGAUGCAAUCUAUGGCCAAGGGCAAGAGCGUCGACCGACCUGGCAAGGCAACCGUGCUUAACACCUUAUCGUACAUCUACAAGGAGAACGGUCUCAAGGGUCUCUACCGCGGUGUGACGCCCCGUAUCGGCUUGGGCAUCUGGCAGACGGUGUGCAUGGUCUCGUUCGCCGACGUCGUCAAGGAAUGGAUUGCGGGUCGUAAAUGA